AUGCUGUCUGAGCUGGAGUGUGGGAUCUGUUACAGGAUCUAUGAUGUGUCUCGUCGGUGUCCGCGACAGUUACACUGUAAACACAGCUUCUGUGAGAGCUGCUUGCUGACUCUGGCUGCUGAUCAGGCUGGUCGAUGUGAUCCUCACUCCGGAUCCCGGAUCGUUUGCGCUUUUUGCCGGCACACCAGCAGUUUGACUGAAGACAGCAUGAGGGACAGCUUUCCGGUUGACGAAGACAUUCUGGAGAGACUGGUGGCCGCAGGAGUUCUGGAAGAAAGCGCGAGUGAUGAUGAUGAUGAUAAUGAAGAACCGAAACCAGAAACAUCCAGGCAGUGUGAAGAGGAGACUUUACCCAGGACAAGAAGAGGAAGAUUAUGGAGAUCCAUUAAGCGUUUCUGUAGUAAAGUUAAGGGAUCAAAUCGACAAGGCUGUAUGACUAAUGCGGAAAUGAGGGACCUGGCACUGAUGGCUUGCUACAUGAUGUAAAUGACCUGAAAAACCUGGAAACCUGGAAAAGUCUGGAAAAGCUAUCUUUCUGCAAUGGAUUAACAUCAAAGAACUGAACACUGAAGAAGCGUUGAUAGAUUCAUGGAUCCUUUUGAAAGCAUCUGAAAGCUGUCUGGAUCCUGUGUCAGUGAGUUUAUAAAAAAGGAUGGUCAAGAGCAGACUAGAAGGAGGAGGAGUUGUUAAGAUGAACCAGUUACACAUUGUUGAAAUGUUUUGUAUUAAAGUUGUUAAAGCAGUGUUGCAUAUAGCUUUAAGGAUUUCAGACCUAGUUAGCACAUGGGUACAUUUAAGUGGCCUGAUAAUACAAUAUUAUUUUAUUUUAAAUACACUUUGUAGGCCUUGUGAUUUGUGCUAUGUGGAGUACUGGAGCUUAUUUGAUACAUAUGGACAGAUUAUACAUGUUACACCUUUGCUUCCUUAUUAAGGGCAAAACAUUGGGAAUAUUCCAAAAUGUGCUUUCCAGUGAAGUAACACGCUGCAUUUUUAUGAAAGUGUCUUACAGUCCCUGUGAAAUGUCAUAAAUGUGUUUUGCUAGUUCCAAUGAACUUAUAGAAACUCCUAUUGCCCCAAUUCUCUCAGAUUAGUGACAAGGACGUCAUUAAAACGUACACAUCAAUGCUAAUUUCUUGACACAGCCCCAGAUCUUUUUUUGAUCUGUUUUGCAUUCCCAGUCACAUUAAAAUGUUGUUUAUAACCCCUGGAAAUGCUUGUUUUUGAAUCCAGUUGCACACACACCUCAUCUCAUGUAUAAUGGAUUUCUCAUGGAUUGCUGUUUACAUCCUGACUGAGUUAAAUAUUUAUGAACUGUGAAACAGAAACACAUGUGCGUAGUUGUUUGCUGUGCACUCUUCAGUGUGGGCGGUAGAACACACUGAAAAUGCAAUUGUGUCUAAAACAUUUAUUUAUUUAAUAAAGUAUCCAGUAGCAUAAACUAGGCCUUAGUGUUAUCAUAUACUGUACAUUUCUACAUUGUGAAAAGCAGUUUUGUCUGUCUGUAGUUUACUUUUGCACUAUUUUCUGAAAUGUUAGAUAAAUGAUUUUAAAAUGUGAUUUGUAUUGAAAAUGUGAACUUGUAUUACAUAA